AUGUUUUGUUUACAGUACAUACUGGACAUCAUUUUCAAUUUAUUGAUUAAUUAUCAUCCUUGGAUUUUUUUGCUUACAAAUCAGAAAUUGCUAUAAAUAAAAUUGAGCAUGUCCUAUUAUCAAGCCCAGGUUGGCAUUCAGACUGGGAAUUGGAGCAGAACAUGGGGGACAUUCUCAAGGAGAGCCCAGAGUCUGGGCUGGACUUUAUCCAAGGAGAGAAAGAGCUGGUAUCCCUCAAGUUUGGGGAAAUACUCCAGGACAAUGCCUUGAAUUUAGAAGACUCCAGGUACCCUAGCGUGGACCAGAUCUUUUUCUGGGAUAAAGGGCCAGACUGUCCUGUAUUGCAAUGGGAGAUACAUUCCAAACAGGAUCUGGAUAUUAACCACGCUGGCCAAAUGGGGCUCAUCAGUUUCCAUGACAAUAGCUCUGUGUUCAGUAGUGACACUCCUUCGCUGCAAAGUGAAAUCUCCACCCUGGAUUGUCUUGGACUUGUCCCUGAAUCCAGCCCUGCAAUCCCAAGUAGAUAUCUCCCAGCACAGUGGGAUCAGUCUGCUAGAUAUCAACACAGAGCUGUCGUUUAUAUCACAAGAUGGGGGCUUUACAUUUUCAUCGCACAAGGAAACAUUGUUAUUUGAAACGACAGACAAAUGUUUAUUUCAAGAGCCGGUGAUAGAUCUACUUGGAUUGAGUAACAAAAUCCAGGGCUCAUCCAGCUCUCCGUCACGUCCUUUGACUUCAGUCCUGGAGCCCUUCCAGGAUAGCCCAGUCCACACCUGGGCAAUGGAGCCCACAUCACAUGAGCAAAACCAAACCAGCUCCUAUCAUUACAGCUUCCCCUGUCUGCUAGAUCCUCUGCUACACCACACUGAACAAGUGGAUUCAAGACCUGUUGAACAGGAAGCUCCCAAGCCUGUUGACUUGGGACAGGAUGUCUUCCUGCCACCCCACCAAGAAGACUGGGUGCAGGGGGACUCCAACAGGAAUGCUGGACUCCAGCCCCAGGCUCUAGAAACUGCUUUAUCCUCAGAAAACCAAAGUGCUGAAUUGUCUUCAAGUCAGGAGUUAUCAUAUUGUGAUCAAAUGCAUGACCAACAAGAUUGUGAAGAGAAUGUAUUACAGGGUUUAGCACACUGCGAGCCAGGUUUGGACCAGAAUUGGACCAAAUCCCAAGAAAAAGUGCAGGAAAUUUUCAAUUGGAAUUUAUCUCACGACCAGCUGCAUGAAGAGCAAGGUUUGUGUCUGAAUGCAGUGCGUGGAAAAAUAGUUUUUGACCUGAGGUUAUCCCAGAAUAUAUUGCUUGAAACUACUGUUUUGGACCAAAAUUCUGUCCUGGAUGUAAUGCAUGAAAAGGAUGCUUCGGACCCAGAUAUGUCACAGGAUGUAGUCUGUUGCGACCAACCCAUUUUGUACCAGUACCUUCUAGAUGUUUCAGAACAGGAAUCGUCCCCAAGUUUGUGGCAGACUAAUGCGUGGCCUGUGGAGUGUGUGUCUCCCCUGCCGGGUCAGUUGCUGGCCGAGGGGGCGUUGACUUCAGGGGACAGCCUGGCUCUGGGAGAGGAGGCAGUGGAGCUCUCCCCCCUGAGAGCUGUGUUUGACGCUCUGGACCAGGACCAUGAUGGCUUUGUUCGCAUCGAGGAAUUUGUACAGUUCGCCACUGUCUAUGGGGUAGAACAGGUGAAAGAUUUAACCCGUUUCCUGGACCCUGGCGGCCUGGGAGUGAUCAGCUUUGAAGAUUUCUACCGUGGGAUCACAGCGAUCAGCAAUGGGGACUCGGACAGUCAGCUGUAUGAAAUGGGGUUCAGUCCUAGGGCAGAGGCAAUCGGCUGCCCUAAGGAGUACGAUGAUUAUGCUGCCUAUGAGCAGAAUGAGGUGACGGACAGUGCGUACCUGGGCUCAGAGAGCACCUACAGCGAGUGUGAGACUUUCACGGACGAGGACACCGGCACGCUGGUGCACCAGGAGAUGCACGAGGAGGUGGAGACGGACACCGCUAUCGACGCAGCACUGCACUACACUGAGGAGGGGGCAAACUGUAUUGUCAAAGUCAACAACCAUUCCCUGGUGACGGUGAUCAGUGGGGAAGAGGAGCACUUUGAGGACUUCGGGGAGGGUCAUGAUUCUGAGCUGCUCCCUGACACCUCCAUCAUGGGGCCCGAUGCAGACACCAGCCUGACCAGCCAACUCGAAGGCUCCAUGCUGCUCUCACCCAGCGCCAGUUCUUUCUCUGCAAGCUUGCUUAGGAAGGAGGUGCUGGACUUUUUUUGUAGCCAGUGUCACAAACAAAUUAAUCUCCUUGAGGACCUUGCUGCCCGCCUGAAUGACCUUGAAAUGAAUAGCUCCAGCAGGAGGCUCUCCAGCAGCAAGGUUGCUAGGCAUCUUCACCAGACCAGCACACUAACACUGGACAGCAUCGAGAACCUGUCAAGAGACAUCAUGGAGCUCACAGAGAUUGACAUGACUGACAAGGUCAUGUUCUUGGAGAAGCGUGUUACCGAGUUGGAGAAGGACUCUGCAGCGAAUGGGGAGCAGCACAUCCAUCUGAGACAGGAGAACCUGCAGCUCGUGCACAGAGCAAACGCUCUGGAGGAGCAGCUGAAGGAACAAGAAGCCCGCGCUGAGGAGGCCCUGCUCACUGAGAUCCGCCGGCAGAAGGAGGUCCUGUGGAGGGUGGAGAGAGAGCGCAGCAUUGAGAUUGAGAAUUUGCAAGCCAGGCUGCAGCAGCUGGACGAGGAGAACAGUGAGCUGCGGUCAUGCGUUCCCUGUCUGCGUGCCAACAUUGAGAGGUUGGAGGAGGAGAGACGGAAGCUACAGGACCAGGUGGAGGAUAUGACUCUGCGGCUAAACGAGGCGCUAGAGAGCCAGGGGAAGAUGGCAGAUAGGCUGGCUCAUGAGAGACACAAGAACCAGAAGGAGAAGGAGUCCACGCAGGGGCUGAUAGAGGACCUGAGGAAGCAGCUGGAGCUCCUGCAGUUGUACAAGCUGGAGGCGGAGGCGAGAUGUGGGCGAUCGGCCAGUGCGGGGCUGCAGGAGUACAACAACCGCACUCAAGAGGCAGAGCUGGAGCAGGAGGUGCGGAGACUCAAACAGGAUAACUGCAUGCUGAAGGAGCAGAAUGAUGAGCUCAAUGGGCAGAUUAUCAACCUGAGCAUCCAGGGAGCCAAAAACCUCUUCUCAGCCUCCUUUUCGGAGUCACUAGCAGCAGAGAUCAACUCUGUGUCCCGGGAUGAGCUGAUGGAAGCGAUCCACAAGCAAGAGGAUAUCAACCUCCGACUGCAGGAAUACAUCGACCGGAUCAUCGUAGCCAUCAUGGAGUCCAACCCCUCUAUCCUGGAGGUGAAGUAGCACUGCCUCCCGGAGACGGACCUUGAGCCCCAACUCCCUUGCAUCACCGCUGAGCCAUCACUGUGAGGGAGUAGAAGGGGCUUAGACGUGUUGCUAUAAAAACUAAAAGAUGAGUUUGGCUCCCUGGUCCCGGGCCGGUCUUGUCUGUAAAUAGUUUGUUUGUAACCCGGAGCCGGCACACUCCAGUGGGGAGUGAAAGGGACUGUUGUCUUUCUGUACUGAGUGGCUCCUGUGAAUUCCUGUAGUUGGAGUCCUUACAUCAGGGAAGGAGGGGCCUGACGUGUUUGUUUGUGUGUGUGUGUGUGUGUGUGUGUGUGUGUGUGUGUGUGUGUGAGAGAAAGAGAGAGCUUCUCGUAUUAGGGGUUCACAUGUUCACACGUUGCCUUCCCCUUUUAAAAGUGAAAUAAGCUUUGAAACACUUUUUUCACUCACAUUAGGAUAAUAUUCAUAUAGUUUUGCACUUUGAUUCCAGGUGAAGCCCAUUUAUCCUGCCAUAAGUGGAAGACCAGUACUAACUGUGCAAGGGGUAUUUUUGGACACCGUGGGGCUAAUGGGGAACACAAAUAUUACUUCCUUGAUGCUUCUGUGUGCUGCAACAGGCUAAAUGGGGCUUCACUGGAGUCCAAAUGAAAACUUAAACUAAAAUCAGCAAAAUACUGAUAGGGACUUGUAAGUCUUUUCUCCUAAUUGGAGGUAAGAGUAGUUGGGUGUUUUUUUUUUUUUUAAGCCAAGCUAAUUGUAAGACUGUCCUUGGUUCAUUUGUGUCCACUAGAUGGUUCAGGGUUUUCAUUGAUUCACUUCUUUUGGCAGGUAUCCAGUGGUCUUUCAUUGUCUUCCUGUCUUAUGAAAUGCACCAUGCCUCAAUUCUACUCCUCUGCAACUACAGAUACCUUUUUUUUUUUUUUCUUGGAUCCUUAUAAAUUUGUAAGAGAGAUUAACCAAUCAGAAAAUGGCUUGAAUAAACUGUUUCAGUGCUGAGAGCUAGAAUAUAGUGCAACUCUACUAAACAUGAAUACAAACUGCAGGGGGUGGGCUUUCCUGCAGAUUGAUUAAACCUGAUCGGUACCAUACAAUCUGGUCAACUUGAUUCUAGGUCUGCCAUUAACUGCCUACCAUUACAGUUUCAUUUGUUCCUUCAUGUAGAUAUAAUUUGCUGUUCCAUUACCAGAUUACAAUUCAUUUGUACAAAUUUUAUUCAAAACACUACUAAAAUAAACACAAUUUAAAAAGGUCAGAUAACAAGUUUUAGUUGGAGAUUGUUGUUUGGCCCAUGUCUAGUUCUUGUGGUGGUCUAGUCUUCAGUAGUAGAGGAAAAUAACUUUCUGAAAAUCUGAUUUAAACAUUACAUGUAUUUAUUCAGUCUAUCCCAGACUAGGUAGCAAUGCACAUGUUAACCCCAGUGUGUCUGUUUCAGUGUGUGUGAUAACUAGUGAUUUCUUCUCUCUGCUUUAUCUCUGUAGAUAAGAGCGCACACUAGGGCCUGGAGGGCCAAUCCCCCUCGGUGUGCCGCAGAGCGAGGGCCAAUAGACUGGUCUUCAGCUGCAGUGUGCCUG